UACAUUUCUCGUUGUUUUUAAGUGAAAUGUGCGGCAAACCUUAGAUAUCCUCAAUUCAAUUCAAACGACACAAAAAGGGAGUAGCGGCCAACUGAGACGGCGUCGUAUCGGUAUCAUCCUUUGGUAGCGGAAGAUGGAUAAGGGUAAGAUCCAAGAGGUUAUCGAGAAGCAAGUGCUCACGGUGGCGCGCGCCGUCGAGGACAAGAUCGACGAGGAGAUCGCCGCCCUCGAGCGCCUCGACGCCGACGACAUCGAGGCCCUCCGCGAGCGCCGCCUCCAGCAGAUGAAGAAGAUGGCGGAGAAUCGCUCCCGUUGGAUCUCCCUCGGCCACUCCGAGUACUCCGAGAUUCCCUCCGAGAAAGACUUCUUCUCCGUCGUCAAGGCCAGCGAACGCGUCGUAUGCCACUUCUACCGCGAAAACUGGCCCUGCAAGGUUAUGGACAAGCAUUUAAAUUUGUUGGCACAGCAGCAUAUCGAGACUCGAUUCGUGAAACUCAACGCCGAGAAAAGUCCCUUUCUGGCUGAGAAGCUCAAGAUCAUUGUUCUUCCUACUCUUGCCCUCAUAAAAAAUGCCAAAGUGGAUGAUUACGUGGUUGGGUUUGAUGAACUUGGUGGGACUGAUGCGUUUAGCACGGAGGAGCUGGAAGAAAGAUUGGCUAAAGCUCAAGUCAUCUCUUAUGAGGGUGAAUCAUCGCUCAAUCAUGCAAGGUCCAGUGCCAAAACCACAAGAAGUGUUCGGCAGAGCACCAGAGCAGACUCCUCCGAUUCUGAGUAACCUGCAUUUCCUGAUGGUUUGUUUUAUUAUCCUGCUCUCCUGUGCCACCGGGUUACACUCUAAACUCGGUCUCAGUAACUGCCUUGGUGUGUCUCUAUCUGUAAGAACUUAUCAUGAUUGUAGAUCCAGUAGAUCUUCUUGAGAUCAUCCCUUUUUUACUGUAAGAUUUUUGAUAUAGCCCCCUGAUUAUACUAACUUCAUUAAUCUUUGUUUAUAAUUUUAUUUUAUGAGUUUUGAGAUCGA